AUAAUGCAAUUAAAAUGUUUCAAACAUUCUUCAAACCGCAGAAAAUGAACUACUUAGUAAAAAUAAUAAUCUGGGCCACUUUGGUAGCUACCGCUUUUGGGGCCAAAUUACCUCCUGGUUUUAAAAAAUGUAACUUAAAGCAAAUCUCCUCCCAGGAUUGUUUACCGAAAGCCAUCGAAAGUGCAAUAAAGCAGAUGAACCGUCCCAUAAAAAAAUUGGGCGUACUAGGUCUACAACCUUUGGUAAUACCAUCACUGAUCAUAGAUGCCGGCUCUCAGUUCUUAGUUGCUCAACAAAUUUAUAAGGAUAUGAAACUGUCGGGUUUUAACGAAACGUCUUGUUCGAAAGCUGAGUUUGAUUAUAAAAACAAAACCUUAAAUCUGGAGUGCGUUGUGCCGAAUUUCCGAAUGGACUUCCAUUAUGAGAUUCAUGGGAAAGUAAUGAUGGUGACUAUUUACGGAAAUGGGACAGGAUGGCUUCUUUUCCACAAUAAUGAGCUUGGACUUAGUUUUAAAUUUGGAGAAUACGAAAAGAAGGGUAACACAUAUUUCAAUAUUCUGUCCCAACAACUCAGGAUGCAGCCCACGGAUAUUGACUUUGAUCUUCAAAAUUUGUUUGACGGUGAUGAGGAAUCGACUCUUCGUAUGAAAAAGAUAUUAAAAGAAAACGCGUUGGAUAUUUACAAUGAAGUUAGGGCUGGUUAUGAAGAAGCUUAUGGAAAAGUGUUUGCUUAUGUUUUUGAAAAAAUUUUGGAAAAAGUGCCUGUGCCUGAAAUAUUUGGUUAAAAGAACGGUUAAUUGUUAUUUUAAAUAUUCGGCUGUCUACGAAAACAAAAAUAAACAAUGAAAAUUUGUUGCUAGUUUUUUCUAUUAAAAUCAUCUUAGAUAAAGGUAAACAACUCACAUAAUGAUAAUACUAUUCAGAAUAAUUACUAUAAAUAAACAUAACUUGUUAACCGAUCCAUUUUUAUAUUGUCAGGUGUACCUAUAUAAAUAUAUGGCAAAUAAAAUUUUUCUAACCAUUCCUCAAACAGAAGAAAAUGAAGCUGUUACUAGCAACACUUUGGACUUGUUUUGUAGUUACCAGCUUCGGGGCCAAAUUACCUUCUGGUUUCAAAAAAUGUAACCUAAAGCAAAUAUCCUCGGACAUGUGUCUGCCAAAAGCCAUCGAAAGUGCAAUAAAGGAGAUGGAUCAUCCUAUAAAAAAAUUAGGUUUAGUAAGCCUAGAAUCCUUGGUCAUUCCGUCCCUGAUUAUAGAUUCCGGUUCUCAGUAUGUGGCUACUAAACAAAUUUUCAAAAAUUUGAAACUGUCAGGUUUUAAUGAAACUUCCUGUUCCAAAGCUGGGUUUAAUUAUACAGAAAACACCUUAAACCUAGAGUGCGUCGUGCCAAAUUUUCGACUGGACUUCAAUUAUGAACUGCAUGGCCAAAUUAUGAUGUUGUCUGUUUAUGGAAACGGAACUGGAUGGAGUAUUUUCCGCGAUAAUCAACUUGGGCUUACUUUUAAACUUGGAGAAUAUGAAAAGAACGGUCAAAAAUAUUUUAACAUUCUUUCCCAGCAACUUGAUAUGCAACCCAGGGAUUUAGAUUUUGAUCUUCAAAAUUUGUUUGAUGGCGAUGAAGAAGCGGCUGAUCGGGUGAAGAAGAUAUUUAAGCAAAAUGCGUUGGAUAUUUAUCAUGAUGUUAAGAGUGGUUAUGAAGAAGCUUUUGGAAAAGUGUUUGCUUAUUUGUUUGAAAAGAUCUUAGAAAAAGUGCCUGUGUCUAAUAUCUUCGGUUAAAAAUCAGUGUUCAUUAGUUGUAAUGAUAUAAAAU